AUGAGUGAAAAAACAGAAGCCACCGUUCGAUCUUGUCGAAAACGGAAGCGUUCUUCUCAACCUUCGUGGAAGGACUUACCAGCUUUCUUGGACAAAUCAUCUACAGUUUCUGUCAGUCUUUUUGCGUCUCGUCGAUUGCCCGAAUUGAGAGAUCUCCAUGCCCAACUUCGAAAUGCUGCUAACGGACAAAGUGGUUCUCAGGAUAGACAUGGGAGUAGUCAAAACAGCAAGCCUUCGCAGGUCCAACCAGAAGUGGCCUUGCGAAGUGGAGGUGCCAAGACAUCCAGUCGACAUCUAAGGCGAAGGACGACGGCAGUGGAACGAAAGAAACACAAACAUCGCUAUCCGAAGGGAAACCAGCCGUCGUCAGAGUCGACGACACGAAAAGCCAAACGUGGAAGGAGAUCGACGCUCUGUCAAGGGCAUUUUGAAUGGCAGCACAAUGAACUCCCUGUCAAGAAGAAAGAGGAAACAACAACACACGUGGCAAAUUGGAUGGUGACGCACUUAUGGCACGCCAAGCGGUUUCAUAUGGAGACCUUGUGGGGAUGGCGAGUACCCUUAUGCCACUCGAAUCGGGGAGGCCGUGCUAUGCUACGCUUGGAACAGGAAAAUCGAUGCAGCCUCCAAGAUGUUACUUGGAAACGGCAAACAUUGGCAAUCUCGUCUGACUUGCCGCUGUCUUCGCUGGUGCCUCUACUGUCACGCAUGUGCCCAGAUUUUGGUACAAACCAAUCGGUUUUUGCCGGAAUUCAGAUGGGAAGUGGAAUGCUGCAUCGUCUGGAUCAAUUUCCAAUGCAAGCUAUCGGUCCUGUUCGAUGGAAAGUGUCCUGUCAGAAUGAAGCGAAAUCAUACCGUUGGAUGGUUCAAUUCCUUGUUCAUCCUUCCAUUUACGAUGAUUUCAGCGACAAUAUGGAACAAAUCAUGACAGAGGAAUCAAAGAUCCAAUUAGAAGAAUCCUCGAAUGUCAUUGGCAAUUCAUGCUUUCAAUUAUGCGGGAGCUCGGCCACGAACAUCAUUCGAAAUGUGCUCCAACCGACGCACGUUAGAGAUACUACGGCUUUCACUUGCUGGGACUGGUCUAAAGUACCGGACGAACAAGUGCCCGAGACUUGCUUGCCGCAUGGAUCCAUGUUCCAUGUUACUUUGCACCUUGACGGCAACUCUCAAGGGUCAAAGACGAACCUAAAAGAAAGGUCGCCAUCUUUGGAGGGAUUGCAUGUACAUGUGACUCAAAUGCAGAGAAGUAUAGAGCAAAUGAAUCUUGAAAAGGGGGGUGGAGAGACAAUGAUAUCCAAGAUUGGGCCGAACCAGGCACUGUUGAUUUGGCAAGCGCCACGGGAGCUAAAAUGCUUGCCCAACCAAGCCGUUUCCGGAUGGGAGAUUCACUGUGCUGAUCCCACAUUGGCAAAAGCGAUUUGGAUGAAGCUCGUUCUGGCUGGACCUUGCUGCCCUAUGGGUAUGGUGGAAGAAAGUCACUUGAAAUUGGAAUGCAGUCCACCAAUUCCCAUGUUCCCCAGAGAUUACGUGGAUACGCCUCAGGGGCAACUGUAUUGGAAAGGAAAUACGAAAAGCCCUAGUACAGCUGCAUCCAAAGCGGAAGGUACUGCACCGUCUGGAAAUCUGGUCCGGCGACUUUGGGAAGGCGGAUGGGGUAGACUUUCCGUCAAACCUACUUCGGUAAAAAUGUGUCGAAUCUACUGGAGCCGCCUGGUUUCCCUUGAAGAUUCGGAAGAGGACGAAAAGUUUUCACAAAAGAAGGAAGACGGCCAGUCAUCAAUUCAGCAAGAGCAAGGAAUGAACGAAAAUGGAAAAGACGAUACCGAAUCCGACGAUGACACGUCUACUGUGGUGGUUCGUGGAGCCUUCGUGCAACCUUUCGUGCAGGCUCUCCAAGGAUGCGGGCAACAGCCUCCUGAAUCUUCAGGCCAAAACGAAGCUUCGGUUGGAACCGAUAGGCUGGGAAAACGAAACCGCCGAAGAGCGAGACCUCUGAACGAUGUUCUGAAAGCCCCACCGUUGCCCAAACAAAAUAGCGAAGCAUGGAAACAAAGUUGUUUUGGCCUACGAUCUUCGUUAUCGCUUCCAGCCAUGCUAGUUUGUCAUGUACAAGUUGCGGGUAAGGGUGCAAUGCAGUCAGGAGAUGAAGUGCGUUUUGAAUCUAUUCGUUUGGGCCAUGUCACUAUUGCUUCCUUUUCUUUGGGUCGGGGGACGUGCCAUGGAAUUUCAGUGGUCGGAGCCGCUCGUCUCUUGCACGCAUUGGAAGUGUCUAGUUCCAAUUCUGGACUCUAUGUUCGUUCACUGGAUGGCUCUCGUAGUUUGCAAUUGGCAGUAACCGUCAGGGCUGGAGACACUCAUUUCCAAGGAUGCCUGUCAAUCAUGUAG